AUCUCUCUCUGUCCUGCAAUUCAAAUCCGUCGCUUCCCUUUUCGACCUCUCAUUUUGGUGAUUCCUUUUCUGCACUACAAAACAAAAUCUCCAAAAAAGAAAAAGAAACGGAAAGGGAAUAAUAGAUGCUAUAACCAGGGAAGAGAGGCACCACGUAGGUGAUACAUGUGCCUGUGGUGAUGUGACUGUAAUCUCUGAAGGAGACCCAGAUACAGGACGGAGAUGAUGAUGAAGAAAUUGGGUUUCUUGUUGCAGCUUUUGGUGGCGAGUCUGGUGAAGGCAGAGAUUGUCUCUGGUGCUGAUGAGUUCACCAGAUAUGACUUCCCUCCUGGCUUUGUGUUUGGUGCUGCCACUUCAGCUUAUCAGGUUGAAGGAGCAGCAAAUGAGGAUGGGAGGACUCCGAGUAUAAUGGAUACCUGGGCCCACUCUGACUCAGUGAUUACAGGCGGAGCCAAUGGAGAUAUUGCGUGUGAUCAAUAUCACAAAUACAAGGAAGAUGUCCAACUCAUGGCAGAAAUGGGCUUAGACGCCUACCGGUUUUCCAUCUCAUGGUCGAGGCUCAUUCCAAAUGGGAGAGGCUCUGUGAAUCUGAAGGGAUUGCAAUACUACAAUGACCUCAUCAAUGAACUAAUCAGCCAUGGGAUUGAACCACACGUGACAAUACACCAUUUUGAUCUGCCACAGGCUCUUGAAGAUGAGUAUGGAGGAUGGAUAAGUCGAAAAAUUGUGAAAGAUUUCAUGGAAUAUGCAGAUAUAUGUUUCAGAAUGUUCGGGGACAGAGUUAAAUACUGGACAACCUUCAACGAGGCCAAUAUUUUCACGAUGGCUGGUUAUGAUCUCGGAUUCCUGCCGCCGAAUCGUUGUUCUUCUCCAUUUGGAUACUUUAACUGCACCAGAGGAGAUUCGUCAUUGGAACCAUACUUGGCAGCUCACAAUAUCAUAUUGUCACAUGCAUCAGCCGCUAGACUGUAUCAAAAAAAAUACCAGAGCAUACAGAAGGGAUACAUGGGGCUCAACCUCCUGAGUUUCUACUUUGUUCCUUGCACAAACAGAACGGAAGAUGUCAUUGCAACUCAAAGGGCCAAUGACUUUUUCUUGGGUUGGUUCGUGGAACCGCUGGUGCGUGGGGACUAUCCCGAGGUGAUGAAGAAGAAUGCAGGAUCAAGACUCCCUUCCUUCACUGCUCUCGAAUCUCAAAGAGUCAAGGGUUCAUAUGAUUUCUUUGCGGUCAAUUUCUACAGCGCUAGCUAUGUCAAGGACAAUCCAGAAAGCCUGAACAUCGAACCGAGGGACUAUAAGGCUGACAUGGCUAUGGACUGGAAAUCUAUGCAGGAAAAUGCAUCAUCUAAGUACACGCCAUUACCUUCGUCUGAGAUUCCACUUACUCCAUGGGGUCUACAAGGCGUGCUGGAAUUAUUCAAGCAAAAUUAUGGAAACCCUCCCAUUUUCAUCCAUGAAAACGGUCAAAGGAUGCAGCGAAACGCGUCUCUUGAAGACUGGCCGAGAAUUCAAUAUCUGCAAGAGCACAUCAGUGUCCUGCUGGAUACAGUGAGGAAUGGUUCUAAUGCCAAAGGCUACUUCACAUGGUCCUUCCUAGAUGUGUUUGAGCUGUUGGACGGGUUCCGGACAGGCUACGGCCUGUACUACGUGGACUUGGAUGACCCCGAGCUGAGAAGGUACCCAAAGCUGUCGGCCGAGUGGUACUCGCGCUUCCUGAAGGGAGGGAGCAUCGCUCCCGACGGCAUCGAGCUUGAGGGCAAUUGGUCCUCCCUCUCUUCUGCUAAAGUCAUGAAGUGAAACUAAAUUCCUGGUUCCUCGAGGCGCAAGUCAUUUUCUUGGGUAGCUUCACUCACUAUCCAGGUUCAGCUCAAAGUCAUCUCUGUAAAGUCAAGGAGCCUCCGUACUUCGACAUGUAGUCAAAGAUUCACGAAGCUGGUGCAAGAGCAGCACGGAUGACGUGCUAUCAAAGUAAUCGAGUAUGAUUAUCACUCUUUGAAUUUCGCAAUUUUAAAAGUCGGUCUAAACAUAUGAAACUGUCGCACUCGACUUUAUAAGUUACAUUAUAUUGUACUAGAUGACGGGGACAUGUGAUUGGAUUUGAGUUUGGUUUGUUUAGUCUGAAAAUGGGUCAAUCUUGAAUUGUGCACAAUUGCACAUUUGUCUUAGGAUUAUCCUUUAUCCAAAUAAAGAACACAAGGAAUUCAUCUUAUUAA